ACAGGACAGUCUAAAUUUGACGUGGAAGCGAACAUGGAUACUCUGGAUGAGAUGGAAGAACAGACGGGUAUUAGCACGCCCCAAUCCGCAGAUGCCAAUCUAGAACAAAGUGGUCGAAAACUGUCCUUGAAAGAUAUAAGGAGAUAUGAAAAGAAAACACUAGUGUGUCCGGGGGGAUGCGGAGUGGAAUUGGAUCUCAGCGAUAUUCCGACACAUGAUUGCAUCAGGGAUUUAAGGCGAAGGCUCGAGAGUGUCGAGAGCAAUCUUUGGGACAAGGAGCAGAAACAGACGGACGCCAUGGAAGAGAUGUACAAAGAGCAGCUAGCACUGCAAGACUCUAAAAUCGCACAAAUGUCUGUCGAAAUCAAGGAGCUGUUGUCGGAAAGAUCGCGCCGCGAUGAGUUAUUCAAUAACAAGGAAACUUUCUACAAGGAACAGAUCACAGCGCUGAUGGAGCAGGUGGCAAAGCUGGAGAGAAAGCUACAACUUCGAAGGCUUUCCCGCGAGGAGGAGCCGUUCGGGGACUCGAACGGCGCCAAGGAAUGGGCAUACAGGUACGACAAACUUCUAGCCGAGAAGAUCACUCUGGAAACACUCUUCCAGAAGAGAGAGCGCGAGUUUCAGCACGAAGUAGAGGCGCUCAAAGAGGAGGCUGCCAUGCUCCGAGAAAGUCUACAUCUUGAGCGAGAGAUGCUAUCGCUCGAGCAUGACCACACAACGUUUAACAAGUUGGCGAGUUUGACAGAUCAGCUGGAGACACUGGUUCAGCACAAGAACCAGCAGCGAGGAAGGCACAAGAGUCAUAAAUCGAAGGACUUGAACAGCGAAGCUGUCAACGGAAGAGUCAGUCGAAAACGCAUUCCUAACUCUGUUGGCAGUUCAAAUUCAGAGUUCGACGAGGAAGACAUGGAAGGUAUCAGUAAUUAGAGCGAAAGGUAUCAGCCCAGGCGGUAUGAUAUUUUUGUGUCAUUAUCGCUAGUAGCAUUUUUCAAAUUGUAAUAUUUCUAUUCAUAGAAAGGUAUUGGUAAUUACAAUUAUAGUAAGUGUCAGCCUCAAGGGUCUGAUAUUUUUGGCUAUUUAACUGUAUAUUUCGAUACGAAGAAGGACCGCUCUUUUUUCUUAGCAAAGAACGGCAUUGACAAUGAUUGAGUAUGCAUGACGUGAAGAAAAUUGGUUUCAGUUUAGAAAAACGAUUUUAUAUCGGUAAUAUUUGAUCUGGUAAUGCCCCAAAUUUUCAACGAAGUUCAAGCCAUAAUAUAUUCACGGAUCAGUAUAGCUUUAGGUGAAUUAAACACACCACAGACGGUCAGCACGUCAAAGAAUCGUGUUAAAUAAACAUCAAUGGUUGUAGUUAAUCGCAUAAUCACUGAGGUCAUGCUGAGGUCACACUCUGUGGCGACGUGUGAAUGAAAAUCUAUCACGACUUUCAAAUAGGUUUUGUGAAGGUUCUUUUUAAAAAAGCAUCUCUGAAAAAACAAAUAUUGUCUUUGUAAAACUGUUACAAGCACGUCCUGGAAGAUGAUUAACUGUUCUCCAAAAUCUUAAUCAGUAUAGAGAAUGCUAUUUUAAACUUGGAAAGAAUAUUAAAGGCGGCCCACUUCGCUUCACUGAACAACCAAGCAAGCUUGGGAAGGGUGUACAUGUAUAGUUAACAAGCCUAGAAAGAAGAUGCUCUUUCACCGAAGGAGGCCCUUUUCAGCACAUAAAACAUGAUUAUAAAUAUCGAUUUGAUGACCAUAGAUGCAGUAUUUCGGAGCUAUCACAGAAACCUUUUCAAGUCAGUGAAGUGGAUUUGGCGUAUGGUAUUUUAAAACCGGCAGGGUGUUAAUUCGAGAAGCCAGUUGAAAACAAAAACAUUAACACACGAGAAAAAAACAUUUACAUCACCAUUUAUAAAUAAACAAUAUACCUUGGAUGUAAUUAUAAAAGAGAGCCUACGCAAAUAAAAGACACAAAACACGGCUUUUCAUCGA